CAAGGUGCAGCUUCAGGAAGUUCGGCAAUAUAAAUUCGACGAAUAUCUGCUGCUGUUUUACCUCAGAUUUGAUAUUUUACUUCAGGUGUUUGUUUGUUUGUUUGUUCUGUUUGUGGUGAUGUCUGACAUCGCGGCAGAUCUGCUGAACGGCGAGCCUGAAAUCCUCGACGAGGAAAAGAUGAGCGCUGCGGCGGAGGAAUUGCAAAAAUACAAGGAUCUCAUUCAGUGUGCAGACGACGAGAAGUCCAGAUUGCUUCUGGAAAAAGUGGAAGCAGAAUAUGGAAAGAAAAAAGCCCAGAAAGAAUUCGAAGAUCUGGCUGAACUCGAAGACAAACUCGCUUUACAGUUUAAAGGGGAUCUUGAUGAAACACAGGAGCAGAUGAAGAAUCUGGAUCGAGUCAAACGGGAUCUUCAGAGAGAACUGCAGGAUCUCCAGAAUAAACUUCACAUGAUGAAAGCUGAAACUGCGUCACUCCAACAGAAAUUCAAGAUCAAAGCUGAAAUCCCAGUGAAAAGAAUGAAGUUCACUCAGACUGAAGCAGAAGAGAAAGAGGACAGAGACGAAGAAGUGACCAGUGUGUUUACUGUCACCCAGAGACCCUCGUUUCUCCUGAAGGGCGGACAAGCCCUCAUCACCUUUGAGGAGGAGAACGUGGCCGAUCAGAUCCUCCGGCUGGCCAAGUGUUCUGUUGCCUGUGACAAAAUCAAGUUGGAUGUGAAGCCAUACUCCUUAACCCUAGAGCCGUCUGUGAAAUUUGAGGUUCAUAUCAAGGUAUCAAAGAAGACCAUCAAGUUCAGCAAUGCUCCGCCCACUUUACCUGAGGAGCGAAUGAAAGACCGGCUGGAGAUCUCUUUCUCUAAAGCCAGUCGUGGAGGCGGUGAAGUGGACAGUGUAGAUUAUGACCAGCAGAACGGCACAGGCCGUGUCACUUUUGUACACACCGGAGUUGCAGAGAAUCUGGUGCUGAGAGAGAAGUUUUCUGUAGACACCGGCAGUGAUCUCACGGUUGAUGUGCUUCCUCUCUAUGAGUACCAGCUGAAGAAAUUUCAAACAUACUCGGGGGUCCCAAAUCACACUGUGCUGCUGGGGGGAAUUCAGAACCUUCUGGAUGAAGAAGAUCUUCAGGACCAUCUAGAAAUCCACUUCCAGAAACCCAGUAACUAUGGAGGAGAGGUUCAGGCCAUUAAAUACGUCCCUUCUGGGAAAUCUCUGACAGCGUUCUUCAACGAGGCCAAAGAAGAAACAGACGGCUGAAGAUCAUUUGCUGUGUUCAGAAAGCACACAGACAUUAAUGAAAUAAUUAAUUAUUAGAAUAUAAAUGAAAAUAAUAAAACUGAAUAUCACAAAGCAAAAAUAAAUAGAAAAUAGCAUAGAUGAACUAUGAACAUGAUUUAUGAUGAGAUUCAUGUCUUGUGUUGUGAUUAAAGCUCACUAAAGCUCU